UGUAACUCAAUUUUUAACGGAGUUGAUAACAAAUAAGCCUCCUACACUGACUGUAAAAAGCCAUGAUAGGGUGAUCAGGUACAUGAUUCAGAGGUAAGGCCUUAGAAAAAACUUGAGGCAACAAUUCUUUAAAUAAUCAUGGACAUGGUCAUUGGAAACAACAAGAAAAUGAAUAUGCUAGUAAAAUAUUGAGAAGGAAAAGCUACAAAGAAGGAAAGGAAAAAUCCUGAGUUUGUUGAUCCAUUGGCUGAACUUGAGAAUAUCCCUAGGUUUCCCACUAUGGUUUUAGAUAACCGUGGGUUCUCUGAGUCAUAUGGCUAUAAAGACUACACUGAGACAAGGAUCGCUAAUGUGGAAGACACUAAAAUGAGUCAGGAGUAUACAAGAGACACAAUAAACUUCUUAUUUAACUUGGUUGAUGGCUACCUCUACAAAACUUUGGAUCAUCAGGAUGCAAUUUAUUAUAUUCCAUUGAUGGAAUAUUUAUUUGGAUAUGAACAACAAGUCUAGUCAUGUGCCUUUACACUCAUGCCGAGAGAAUUUAUCACAACAAUGACCAUAACUCUGAGUGUAUCGACUUCCUUAAAAUCCCAUGAAAAGUACAAAGCUUUAAUCAAAGAAAAACUGAGACAUCACUUUUUGACACUAAAAAAUUUAAUCGUGGAUGAGCUUAAAAACCCGAUAGAAAUUACUUCUAAGAAAAUUGAUAUUGUUAGAACUACUGUGAUGCCAGAUAGGUAAGAUAUCUCAAACAGUAUUUAAUUAUAAAUAUCCAGAAAUCUUCUAUAAGCUUGCACUAUAAAACACUUGAAAUUAUAUGAGAAACUCUGGAAAGAUUAUAUUUAAGCUUUAAGAUUAGUUUUCAAGCUUCCUUAAUUGCUUACUCAAAGUCGAUUAGAUUUUUAUCAAAUUUUUUGGCCGUCAAUUCAAAUUUUAUAGAGUUGGACCCUGGAUUGACUAAAUACAUUAGUCCAAAAUGCUGGGCUAGACUGGUUGAUCACUUCUUCAAUCAUGAAGCAGUUGGCCAAAAAGUGAGUCGGAUAAAGCUUUCGUACAUAUUCUAAAUCUUAUUCGACUCCAGAUUUGUGUCUGUCUCAACCAAGAAUUAUGACAAUUCUCUAAUCACUAAGCUAAUGAACUUAGUCUACAGUCAGAAUAUUCUGGAAAACAUUGUUCUUAUCUUUGAAGCAAAGUGAAACAAGUACAUUUACGAAUGUGCUUUAGGUUCUUCAUGAAUCAUCUAUAGCCAAAAAUAUCCCUGUGUAAUGAACUCUACUCUUACUGUUGCUCCUUUGUCAAAGUUCUCUAUCCGAUUGGAACGAAAUACGGAGUAGACAGCGAUGAUGGACAGGAGGAAAUAAACCAGCUUGCUGCUCAGCUCAAAUUGGCAGAAGAUCCUCCAAUAUAUUGAGAACUUAGGCAUCACAAAAGCCUUUGACGAAUCUAUGAUCGAGACCAAUAGCGAGGAUCUUGAAGAAAUGCUUGAUAAUGAACUCGACCAAAGCUCUAAACACUGGGAAAAGAUCGAAACUUUUAGCAACCAAGUCAUCACAGAGCAGCACAAAAUCAGCAAGAUUUUGGCAAGAUCGAUAGUAUCAAAAACUUCAUGGCUGGCUCAGGCCAAGGCGACUCUUUUGGAAGCGAUCAUGGGCUCGAUGAUAUUAAUGAGGCAAGUGUUAAUAGUGUGGAGCAAUCAAAAGAGAAGAAUGAAAGCUCUGG